AACACUGGGAUGGGAUGGGUGGGAAUCAGACAUGGAGUGCCUGGGAUGGGAUGAGAAGGAUGGGAAUAACACACAUGCACUGGGAUGGAGUGGGAAUCACACACACAGUCCCUGGGAUGGGAUGGGAGGGAUAGGAAUAACACACAUGCACUGGGAUGGGAUGAGAGGGGUGGGAAUCCCACACACAGAGGCACCAAAUGGGAUGAGCAGGAUGGGAAUCCCAACUGCCCCACACCCUGGGGGUGCCCUGUCUCUGUGCCCAGGCGUCCCAUCUGUCUGGAUCGGGAAGCACUGCGGGUCAGGUGCCAAACUCCAUAAAUUGGGGGGAGUUCCUUUGUGGGAAGGGGAAGGAUGGGGGAUCCUCCUGCUGGGAGCACCCGGGAAGGUGGAGCUGAGGAUGGUGAGGCUGAAGCACCCCCGGGGGGGGGCUGGGGGGCAUUCCCUGUGAUCCCGGUUUCCGUGGGCAGCAUUCUCCUGCAAGGCAGGCGAGUUCCUGGAGAUGCAGGUGCAGUCGUGCCGCCCCUGCGCCGCUGGCACCUACUCGCUGGGCACUGGUGUCCGCUUCGACGAGUGGGACGAGGUGCCCCGCGGGUUCGCCAAUGUGGCCACCAACCUGGAGCUGCAGGAGGGGCCCGGGAACACCGCUGGGAACUGCAGCGGGUCAACGUGGGUGCCCCGGGGGGACUACGUGGCCUCGAACACAGACGAGUGCACAGCCACGCUCAUGUUCGCCGUGAGCCUCAAGCAGGCGGGGACUGUCACCUUCGAGUACCUGUAUCCCGACAGCAGCAUCGUCUUCGAGUUCUUC